AUGGGAGUCCACAUCCACCAACACCCAACAAGGGAGAGCGACCUUGGCCACUCCUCGACUACAUCAGAGAAAGACGAAGCUGCGGUCCAAGGCAACAACGAAAAUGUGGUCCACAAAGAAGAGUUCUACGCAGGAAACAGCAUCUACGCGAAGCUGCACCAAAUAACAGGGCGAUGGGGCGUGGAAGAGCGAGGGAUCGAACGGCUGCCGAGCGAUGAGAGGGAUGCGAGGAAGCCGAUAACUGUUGGUAUUACGUGGUUUUCCAUCAACAUGACCUUUGUCUCUCUCACCCUCGGCGUCUUGCCCGUUACUGCCUACGGACUGAGUUUCGUCGAUGCGGCUAUACUAAUUAUAGCAUUCAAUUUCUUGGGGAGUCUGCCUGUUGCUCUGUUUUCGAGUCUGGGUCCGGUGUUUGGAUUGAGACAGAUUCCGUUGUCGAGAUUUUACUUUGGUUAUCAUGGGGCUAAACUUGCCGCCCUCAUAAACGUAGCAGUCUGCGUCUCCUCAUCCGCCAUCAACGCCGUCGUAGGCGCCCAACUCUUCCACGGCAUCAACCCUCGCAUGCCGGGCUGGGCGGGUAUCCUCAUCGUCUCCCUCACCACCCUCGUCAUCUGCACCAUGGGCCACCGUUUCGUGCACACCUACGAGCGCUACUCGUGGCUCCCUUGCUUCGUCGUCCUCCUCAUUGUAUUAGGAGUCUUUGCCCACUCCGGGAACUUCGACCCUCUCCUCCCCCUAGGCACGGGAACCGCCAAAGCGUCCGGAGUCCUCUCCUUCGCUGCCUCCGUGUACACCUUUACGGCCGGGUGGGCUGCCUACGCGGCUGAUUACAGCAUUUACCAACCAGCUGACCCCAAGCCGAGCGCGCGCGUCUUCUGGUGGACCUUCGCAGGCAACUUUUUCCCCACGGUGUUCACGGAGCUGCUGGGCGCGGCCGUGAUGACGGCGACCGUGCACCACACCGACUUUGCUGCCGCCUACGAUGAAGCGGGACUAGGGGGCGUGUUCAGCCAUGUGUUGAUCCCCGCCGUAGGCAAGGGGUUCGGCACCUUCUGCGUCGUUUUGCUGGCGCUUUCCAUAAUCGGGACUAACAUCGCCACCGUCUAUUCCGUCUCCAUGUCCGUGCAAGUGUUAGGCAGACGGACUCAGCGGGUGCCGCGGUUCUUGUGGACGCUUGUUUCCACGGUCGGGUACACAGCGUUUGCGAUACCUGCGUAUCAGGAGUUUGCGACGUACCUGGAGAAUCUGUUGCUGGCGAUGUCGUACUGGAUCUCCAUUUACUUGGGGAUUACGUUGACGGAGCAUUUUCUGUUUAGACGCGGGGUGAGGGGGUAUCAGCCGGAAGCUUAUACGGAUGCCAAAAGAGUCGCGGUGGGGAUUGCACAGGAGUGGUAUAGAGGCCCGGUGAUAAAGGCGGUGGGGGAGGAGUUUGUGGGGGAUUUGGGGUGUGUUUUUGGGUUUUUGUUUACUACUGUGAGUUAUAUGGUGUUGAGGUAUUGGGAGAAGAGGUACUUUGGGCGUUGA